CCGCGGGAUCCUGGAGUGGGCGUGACCUCCAUUGUGACGUCACGGGGCGGGGUUUCCUCUGGCUGGGACUGAGGGACAGAAGGACCGUCUGGCGCGGCGUGGCUGGUCGGGAUGGUGGCUGACUGCGCAGGAUAGUGGCGGCCAUGUGGAGGUGACAGUCAGCCUGUGGACUCAGGGAGCGCAAAGGAGCUUGGACCAGGUGGACGUCGCUGGCUGACAGCGCGGUCUCGGUGCUGGCGAUGGAAGCGGAAGGCUUGGGUUGGCUUCUGGUCCCGUUGCACCAGCUGGUUUCCUGGGUGGCCGCUGGGGCCAUGGUCUUCGGAGGGGUGGUGCCAUACAUUCCCCAGUACAGGGACAUCCGGAGGACUCAGAACGCCGACGGUUUCUCCACUCACGUAUGCCUGGUGUUAUUGGUGGCCAAUAUUUUACGGAUACUCUUCUGGUUUGGAAGGCACUUCGAGUCCCCGCUCCUGUGGCAGAGCAUAGUGAUGAUCCUCACCAUGUUGCUGAUGCUGAAGCUCUGCACCGAGGUCCGGGUGGCCAACGAGUUGAACAUUAAACGCCGCUCCUUUGCAGCCACAGACAGUAAGGAUGAAGAACUCAAAGUCCCCCCCAGGCGGCCCUACCUGGACUUUGACCCUCACCAUUUCUGGCAUUGGAGCAGCUUCUCAGACUACGUGCAGUGUGUCCUGGCCUUCACAGGUGUGGCAGGCUAUGUCACCUACCUGUCCAUCGACUCGGCGUUGUUUGUGGAGACACUGGGCUUCCUGGCUGUGCUGACCGAGGCCAUGCUGGGUGUGCCGCAGCUGUAUCGAAACUACCGUCACCGCUCCACAGAGGGCAUGAGCCUGAAGAUGGUGCUCAUGUGGACGAGCGGUGACACCUUCAAGACAGCCUACUUCUUGCUCAACGGUGCACCUCUGCAGUUCUCAGUCUGUGGUCUACUACAGGUCAUGGUGGACCUGGCUAUCCUGGGGCAGGCCUAUGCCUUUGCUCACCAUCCCCAGAAGCCCGCCCCCCACGCAGUACACCCUGCCAGUGCCAAGGCUCUCUGAGGCAUCUGAAGAAGACAAGGACAUGCGACCAAUCAGCCGUGGGUGCUGAGUGCCAACCUAUGCUUCUGCAUUAGGGAGGCUGGCCCUGCUCACGCCACAGAUGAACAGGCCAGGUGUGGGCAGAGAUAUGAAGUUGAGUGCUUGUCCCCAUAGCCUUUGGGUGGGGGACUCAGGGACAGUGGAGCUAGGGCUGGCUCUGGGGUGUUUUCAAAGUGAUGGAAAAGGCAGGUGUCUUUCCCUACCUCCUUCAGACAAACACUGGCCUGACCCUGAAAGAGGUUUGUGCAGCUGAGCAAGGUGGCAGGCACAGCAACCUGCUGAGUCCCUUCCCCUCAGCCAGUUUUCCUCAGCGAGCCUUGUCUCCUUGCAGAGCUUGUGGCGCGCUAGACAGUGUGUGGUCAUAGCUGCUGGUGGCUUGUGUGUCCUCAAGCCCUGUUCGGCCCUUGUGUGCCACGGGUGUGUCUGCUGCACCCUGUGGAGAUGGAAGCCACUGGCCUGACUCUGGUCACUGUAUUUUGCCCCUCUCUUUGCUCACCAUGAGAUCAUAUAUGCUUGGCAGCCCCGUGCUGACCUGGCUGGCUCCUGGGUCCAGAAUGUUCUAGAUGCUUCUGCAUAACAGUUUCUUCUCUUCUGCUGGGCAGAAGGUCUUUUUGUGCCCACAGUGAUGCCAUCGACAGUCAGCACAAUAGCUCUGACGGUUGUGGUGGCUCACCAGAUGGCUGAAGAGGCCACACUGUGCCACCUUCAAGCUUCCCUCAGAUAGUCUAAGUGCGUGAGCAAGAUUCUUGCUUACUCCCUGGCUUGUAAGAUGUUUAUUUUUAAAAAAAAAUGAAGGGGAAUGUCUGUAGUGGUAAUUGCCUCCAAAGUAAAUGCCAUCGGUUGCAGGCCCAGCUGCUGAAUGAA